AUGCUUCCAAUUCCUAUUCUUUGCUUGGCAAUUACUGCUUCAUCUCUGCCAGUAUUCAAUGUCACCAGUGCAGAGGGAUUUAAUAAGUCCGAGUUUAGAAUACCGACAUCUCCGUUCUAUCGAGUUACUGGCCAAAUUAUUGGAGAUAAUGCAUUUCAUGAUUAUCUUAAAAGUACCGCAUCAUUUGUCCAGUUAACGAAUUGUAAGGGGCCUGUGUUUGAAUCCGUUGAAAAGAAAUGUUUUACCCCUUUUUUCGAGGAUCUUUCCGAAAAGUGCACAUCAGAUAUUGAGUUUGUUGGAUUUGUUCGUCCAAAACCAAGAGGUACCCUUCUAGAUGUUGAAAAAUUGCCUUACAUGAAAGCUACUCAAAAGGCGGGUAUUUUUAUUGACCACAUGAAUAAAAGGAUAGUGGUAGCUUUAAGAUCAAAUGUCGAUCUUUUGGACCAUUAUCCUUUCCUUCAAGAAGGAAUAGAAUACUAUAGUCCCCAGGUUUACAGUACUUCGAUGUGGAAAAACCUAACGAAAAUCAGUCAAUUUAGGAAGGAUUUUGGAGAAGAUAAUCUAAACAAAGUUUAUGAUGCCAAGAAGAACAAAUUUAAGAUGGGAAAGUCUGUUUUCAAGAGAGGUCUCUAUAAAAUACAUGUUGGAUCUCAGGAGUAUGCAAACAGACUGUUUGAAGAGCUAUUAGUGAAAAUAGUUUCUAUUCAAAAAGAGUAUGAUGAUUAUCACCUUGCCUUUGCCGGACACUCGUUAGGUGCACCAAUUGCAUUUUUAUUGUCGUUACAAUUCCUAGAAAUUGGAAUUGACAAUACAUUGGUGACAUUUAAUGAACCAAGAUUCUUCUCCAAAUAUCUAGUUAAUUAUUAUAAUUCGCUCUCGGAGCUAAGGAAGCUUCACUCUUUGGUUGUCUUAGAAAGGCAGGAUGAACUUCCUGAAUCAAGAAGAGGGCAUUUCAGGGUUUGGAUGGUUUAUGAUGAUUGGACAAGUUUCCCGGCAAAUCCUGUUUUUUCAGUGGCGAAAUACUUCAAUCCAUUUGUUCAUUCGGGUCUCUCAGUUGUCACACCGAUGUACGCUCUAUACGAAAAUGAGGAACAGAGAUUUUUAAUUGAGAGCAAGUACUUGGAACAUAGAGAGGAAAUCAAGCCUAGAACUAUCGGAAAGAAGAAAAGAAAGAACGUUGGUCUUCACAACCAUAUAGUGAAGGACAUGGUUCAGUGCACACAUCUUUAG